AUGGCGGACCCGGCCAUCAUCCCCCAGUCAACGAUGACAGACGAAAAAGCCCCGCAAGCGCAGAGCAAUGCCAUGCACGUCGAACUUGAACAAAUCGAGGAAAAUUCCUCGGCCUUGGAUGUGGCAAUGCUUCGAGCAAACGAAGAAGAACAUGCUAUGACCUUUGGGCAAGCCAUCAAGCGAUAUCCCCUGGCCACCAUGUGGGCUGCUUUGAUGUCCUUUACCAUCGUGAUGGAAGGCUAUGACACCAUUCUUAUCAUCAGCUACACAUCGUACCCGUCGUUUGUUGAGCGAUUUGGCACCUAUUAUCCCGAACUCGACGCCAAAGUGAUCCCUGCCGACUGGCAGUCGGCCUUGUCCGUGGCUGGUUUCGCAGGAUCUGUCUUUGGGUUGCUUAUGAAUGGAUAUCUGACAGAAAGAUUUGGCUACCGCAAGGUCAUGCUUUUCUUCUUGGUGGCAUUGACCGGGACCAUAUUUCUCCCAUUCUUUGCUCCCAAUCUGCCUGCUCUGGCGGCAGGUAUGGUUCUCUGUGGCAUUCCCUGGGGAAUCUUCGCCAUGCAGGGCCCGGCGUAUGCGUCUGAAGUAGUGCCACUCGCUCUCCGGGGCGUCAUGACCUCAGCGGUCAAUCUUUGCUGGGUCCUCGGUCAGCUCGUUGCGGCCGGUGUUUUGCAAGGGCUCGUGAACGACACGACCAAUCGUGGCUGGCGGCUACCAUUCGGAUUGAUGUGGAUCUGGAUUCCACCUUUGAUCAUAGUUGGCAUCCUUGCACCCCAGUCCCCUUGGUGGUUGGUGCGCCAGGGCCGUCUGGCUGAGGCUGAACAGGCACUACAGCGUCUUCAAGGCAAGGACACAGAGGAGCAAGUCCGGCUCAAACUCGCCAUGAUCGUCCACACCAACAAGCUGGAACAGGCUAUGAAGACCGACACCAGUAUCUGGCACUGUUUUCGAGGAACGAACCUGCGCCGGACGGAGAUUGCCUGUCUCAUCGUGGCCGGCCAGGCUCUAUCUGGCCAGGCAUUCGGCGUCACCAAUGUCUACUUCUUCGUUCAAGCUGGCCUGGGCGCAUCUGGGGCAUACAAGCUCAGCUUCGGAGGCACGGCUGUCUCGGUCACCUUUACAGUUCUUGCUUGGAUUCUGAUGCACAGAGUUGGCCGACGAACCAUAGUGCUCUGCUCCCUGGCAACCAUGUGCGUGAUCUACAUCAUCAUUGGCGCCCUCGACUUCAAAGUCGCCGGAAAUCACGACCUGGUCUGGGCGCAAGGCGGACUCCUGGUCGUCUGGCUCGCCUUGUUUCAACUCAGCCUGGGCCCGCUAGCCUUCACGAUCGCUGCUGAGGUCUCGGCCACCAGACUUCGGUCCGUCACACUGUCCAUGGCUCGGAACUUCUGGAACGUGUGGUUCAUCACAACCAUGGUUGUUGAACCCUACCUGAUCAAUCCCACAAAGGCAAAUCUGCGGGGGAAGACCGCCCUUGUCUGGCUGGGCACUUCGGUUUUGCUUCUGAUCUGGGCUAUAUUCCGCCUGCCCGAAACCAAAGACCGGACUUUUGAGGAGGUCGACGUCCUGUUCGAGAAACGUAUCCCGGCCUGGCGAUUCAAGUCAACUCGCCUUGACCUUCUGCAAGAAACUAGGGCAAUUACUCAAGAGAUCGGACGACAUGGUUCCGAGAAUGAAGCCGGCCAUUGA